AUGGGAUUCCUGAUGCGCGGACAGCCCAUGGCCUCCAUGGAGGCUCCCGACGAUCUUCAGUUGCUUACGACAUUCUUGGAUCAUGAUGAAAGACCUACCGUGGUCGUCACUCGAUCUCUCGAACAAGCCGGCGGUGUCGUUUGCCCUGCAAUUGCGUACUACAAUGAAGCGUUCCGUAGCUAUUCUAGUAUUGACUCCUCCGAGGACAUCAAUACUGCAACCUUGGAUUCCGGAUUGAGAGAACUGGCCACCGACCCAGCUACCUGGGACUCUAUCAAAGAAGGCGUAACUAGCGAGAUUCUGUUCGACGGUAACGCAUGGACAAGGCGCAUCAUAGGCCAACGAUGGGGAAUCAUCUGCCUCAAACGCACUUCAAACGGCCAUAUUGUUCACAGUGUCACCGAAGAUGGCGGAUUUGCAAGGCCCCCCAAACGACGUCGUCUCUCAUCGAACAGCCAUAUCGCCGCUUUAACGUCUCAUCGCCACCUUCAUGAACUUCCCGGUCCCGAUUAUCUACCGUCGCCUGAGUCUACUACAGAGCCAUCAGAUGCACCAGCGCCUGCCCUGUUGGAUUGGACGCGGUCUUCACACGAUGGUCUAUCCGACUACAUCCGAAUGUUGCAGAAGCAUGACUGGUCCAAAACCUGCUUAGGACCCAUGGAAUCUUGGAGCCAGGAGCUGCGAGCCAACAUGUUUUUGAUUAUGAACAGUCCAGAGCAGAGAGUCUUGCUGUGGGGACCGGACCUUGCCCUCAUUUACAACGAGGCAUGUUCCUACGGCAUGGGGAAAAAGCACCCUUCCGCCUUGGGUCUGUCGGGUGCUGUCGGUUUCGCUGAAGGGUGGCCUCCUCUUCUUCGCAACAUCAAAGAAGUCAUGCAAACUGGCAGGAUAAAGCAGGUCAACGACCACUAUCUGCCAAUAGGAAGAAGCGGCCUCUCACCAGAAGAAACGUACUUUUCGUAUACGCUUCUUCCGCUAAUAGAUGAAAACGGUAACGCGAUAGGAGUACUCAAAGAACUUACCGAAACGACACGACGUAUCAUCUCGGAAAGACGACAAGCUACUGUAAAGAAAGCUGAACAAAUGGCUGUCGCACGAAAUAUUACCGAGUUCUGGAGCAAGGUGCGGCACAUAUUGGACUCCAAUGCGCAGGAUUUCCCAUUCGCUCUCCUUUACUCCUUCACCGAAAAAACUACGCUAGUAGAUGGCAAUAGCUCUAAAAAGGUAUCGAAGUAUUGCACCCUAGAAGGUGCUGUAGGCAUCACGACGGAUCACGAUGUGGCCAGCCCACGUAUAGAAGUACGCAAAGAAGGUCAAGGCCUCGAGUCGGACUUUGAGAGGGCACUUUUGACUGGAAGUCCGGUUCUGCUACGCAAGAGUGAUGGCUCUCUUCCUGAUUCUCUGGCCAUUAGAAUCCUUGGUCGAGGUCUUGGUGGAACAUGCACCUCUGCCUUGGUAUAUCCAAUUCGCCGGUUGGAUGGCACCGGUGCCAUCGGAUUCCUGUUGCUUGGGCUAAAUUCGCAAAGACCUUUUGACGAUGAUUACAGUGUCUUUAUCAGUAUGGUCAUUGAUCAUCUUGUUCGGGCAGCUGCUUCGAUCAUCGUCCCGGAGGAGCAGAAAACUCUUCUUCGUCGGACUGAAAUAGCAGAGAGCAAGGAGCGGACCUUCACCAGGUUAGCCGAGAUAGCUCCUAUAGGCAUAGCCCAAUUCACACCCGAAUGCACAUCUAUCUGGAGGAACGAUGCGUACGACUACUUGAGCGGAAUGACGGGGCGUCGCAUGUCGGAGGCCUACGACGGAUGGGAUGCUCCAAUACAUCCAGAUGACCGACCGAAGAGUUACGCGACAUUCCAAACGUUGCUGGAAAAGCCUCGUUCAAUCACCUUGGAGCUUCGCGUUCAUCGGACAGAAGCCGACGGAAAUGGUCUAGAUCAAUGGCGCUGGCUGUUAUGGCAUGGCUCUUCAGAAGCGAACGAGCACGGCAAUCUUGCGGUUAUAACCAGCUUCAUUACUGAUAUUUCAGAUCAAAAGAGGGUGGAGAAAUUGCAGACGCAGAGGCUUGAGGAUUUACUUGAGACGAAGAGGCAGAGUGAAAACUUCAUUGAUAUGACUUGCCACGAGAUGCGUAAUCCUCUUUCAGCAAUGAUACAGUCCGCCGACGGUAUAAUUUCAGCUUUCGAUACAUCUAAUACAUCGACUCCGACUUCCACGCAGAGCGCAGUCAUAGAGGCCGCUCAAACAAUCAUCCUCUGUGCUCAACAUCAGAAGAGGAUCGUUGACGAUAUCUUGACGCUAUCGAAGCUGGAUUCCAACUUGCUCUUGAUAUGCCCCGACCGCGUUCACCCUAUUUCCCUCGUCGAAAACAUCAUCCAGAUGUAUCGUGCAGACCUACACAGCGUGGAUGUCACAGCAUCGCUCUCGAUCAAUCAGUCCUUCAAAGAUCUUGCUAUCGGCAAGGUCCUGCUGGAUCCCGCGCGUUUGUCGCAAGUGCUGAUAAACCUCCUCACAAACGCCAUCAAAUUCACGUCUAAUGCGACGGAGCGAAAGAUCACAAUUAACAUUGGUGCAUCUCUUACGCAACCAACUUCUGGGCCGACCGACGUUUCGUACAUCCCGAGAGUAGCUCAUCGACUGUGCUCACAUCCUGAAGGAGGCGAUUGGGGGACCGGGGAUGAAGUCUUCCUACAGUUCGACGUCGUGGACACCGGCCGAGGCCUAACCCCAGAAGAAAUGAAACUCCUCUUCCUCCGCUUCUCCCAAGCCUCACCAAAAACCUACGCCCAAUACGGCGGGUCCGGACUCGGCCUUUUCAUUUCCAGAGAGCUUACCGAGCUCCAAGGUGGUCAAAUAGGCGUGAACUCUGUGUCAGGCCAAGGAAGCACCUUCACCUUCUACAUCAAGGCCCGGCGAUACGUCCCACCCACCAUGACGCUACCAAAAUUCUCUGACUCACUCAGGGACUCAGAGCUUGCUGCCAGCGACAACCUGCCAGCUACGCCGCCAAUUCUAUCCGCUUUGAAUAAUAGGACUGGCUCCGUAUUAUUCAAUAUCCUCCUCGUUGAAGAUAAUGUCAUCAAUCAGAAAGUGCUUGCGCAAUACCUCAUCCGCGAGGGGUGCAAAGUCCACGUCGCGAAUCACGGAGCGGAGGCGUUGGACUUCUUAGCACGAACAUCCUAUAUUACUUCGUCAUCCAAUCAAGCCUCCCAGCAUCCACAGCCAUUGCCUCUCGACAUCAUCCUCAUGGAUCUCGAAAUGCCCUACAUGGACGGCUUGACAUGUGUCCGCCGGAUCCGCGAGAUGCAGCGCGAGGGCACGAUAAACGCCCAUAUCCCUGUCAUUGCGAUCACCGCAAACGCGAGGAAGGAGCAGAUUGCUAAUGCGUUGGAGCAUGGCAUGGAUGACGUCGUCACAAAACCUUUUCGUAUACCAGAGUUGAUACCGAAGAUCGCGGACCUGGUGCGGCGGAUUAAUGCCACAUGA